GGUCGGUGACCACAAUCUGCUGACAACACCGCAAACCGCAGACCAGUUGUGCGGACACACGUGUCGACCAUCGCUGGAGUGGCAGUCAAUGGACGCCAACGUGUUUUCGGUAUCGAUGGCUAAAGAGUUGUCCCAAAACCGGGCUUUGGCUCAAGAUAUGGACGAACCGGAAGAUAAUUUCGACACUUUUAACGACGAGACGUUUGGAGCGAUGGACUCAACCGAUUGGGAGUCAGAACACGAGAAGUUGACGUCUCUAUCGGUUCCCAACGACCACAACGACAGCCAUUCCGACAGUAAUAGGAGCUAUAGUUUUGUGAAGAACUCGACUUUCGCCGAGAGUCGAGCCGAAGAUGACAUGCGUUUUGGUUACGAGAAUAUUGUUAAAAGUAUAUCCAAUUUGGGUCUCGAAGACGAAGACUUUGACGAUCCGGCGGUUAUGACGUUCGGCAGAAGCGCUAAACCGUUGGGCGGAGACACGAGUCGACGGGACAGCCGGUCAUCGCCUCCGCCGCCGGCUAUCCUUUCGUACGAAGAAUACUCGGCUUCACCUAAAACUCAGACCAUUUGGAGCGCAACUCAAUUAGACUCAACUCAUAAGCCGACCAAUACUUCUACGAAUAUGAGGACAUUAGAGGAGAUCGAAGACAAUAUGAUUAAUAGAAAUAAUAGCCAUUCGUUUCCGUUGUCGACAAUCAAGAGACCGAUAAGAAUGGAGGACUUGGAGUCAAAUAUGAUUAAUGAGUCAAAUAAUAGUCAUAUGACCAGUAAUCAGAUGCCGGUGCCGGACAAUGGGUGGUCACCCUUUGCCGCCAAUUCAAUGCAAAGCUUUAUACAAAACGGCAGAAUUGGUUCAGAAAUGAUGCCAAAUGUGGAGACAAUAGAACAUAAUUUAUUAACUAAUGAGUCGCCGAAUCGGCACAACAGUAUC